GAUGAUCCAUUUACUGCUGGUUUAUGUAUGAGUGAUAGUGACAGACGGCAUGAUGCUUGGAUUCCAUCUGAUGCUACACGCCAUAUUUUAAUCAGUAUGACCAGUAGUGUACCAGGAACCUACAUGCCUGCUGUAGAACAACUCUGUUCACCUUCUGUACUGAGAAUUGACCCACAGGGAGACCCUGUACGUGAUUUAGUAUUGAAAUACAUGGGUGAACAAGAAGCAGUAAAGAGACAAGUUUUAACUGCAGAUUCUGUAUCCAGAGAUGAAAAUGGUUUGGCACAAUUAGUGGCUGCGGGCUGUUUGAGAGCUGGAGUAGAUUUAACUGGAUUUCUUUUAGCAGACGUAGGACAAGGUCAUGGUCAACAAGAGGCAGGAACCAUAACUCAACAUUCACCUAAAACCUUACAGCUAUGGUUUUGUCGUUUUGCUUUAUUAAUGAGAUUAAGAUUAUUUGAGAUAUUAGAUUCAGAAAUGAGAGCCUUCAAUUCAAUGGAUUCCCCAGAUUUAUAUUUUGAAUUCUACCCUCAACUUUAUCCUGGCAGGCGGGGCUCUAUGGUAUCAUUUGGUUUAAGAGUACUCCAUGCUGAAUUACCACACUAUCUCAAUAGACAUCAAGAAUCACUAGAUAAAUUAUACUAUGUUUUAGCUGUUACAUCUAAGAUUGUGAAGAAUUUAGAAAGUGGACUGUCAGAAGAUGGGGCUGGUAUAGAAUUAUCUCUAGAUAGCAGGAAAGCAUCUUUGAAAUUAUGGCAAGCCAGAGAAAUCCAAGUACAAUAUAAAAUAGCUUCAGUAUUACUGUCCAUGAAGGAUUAUGAAGCUUCUAUUAGUAUAUUUGAAAUGUUGAUGAAUAAAGAAUGUGAAAAUAGAAUAGCUUUGAUGAGUGGUAUAGGUAGAAUAUACUUACAGGUAGGUAAUUUAAAAGUGAGUGAAACAUGUACCCGUGGAAAUACUUUCAUUGCAAUGAAUUCUAUCAAUAAGGGAUUUCUUGCUAUGUGUGUAAAUAAUUUCUCAGAAGCUUAUGAACAUUUUAAAUCAGCUGUACAAUUGGAACCCAGUAAUACAUGUGCUGUAAACAAUAUGGCAGUGUGUUCUCUAUAUAUGUGCCGUUUAAAGGAUGCUUUGAAUACAUUAGAAGCUCUAGUUCACAACAAUCCUGGACAGAAUCUACAUGAAGGAGUGUUGUUUAAUCUAUGUACAUUAUAUGAACUGGAAUCAUCAAGAGCUCUACAUAAAAAACAAGCUGUAUUAGAUAUGGUGAAUAAACAUAAAGGAGAUGGCUUCCCAGUUGUUUGUCUAAAGAUGUCAUGA